AUGGCGCAAAAUAAACGGCUUCGGUAUGUGAACAACGCGGACAACGUGGCGUACUACCAUGUAUACAAAUACAAUUCCUUGCAGCGAUUAAAUAAGAACAAAAGCAUGCACGGCGUCAAGCGUGUGGUUGCAUUCUGCAUACUGACCGCCAUCCUCCCGGCAUCGCUCAUCAUUCUGCCGCUCUACCUGCGACACACGGUCUUUGCGGACGUCGUGUAUCCGAUCGCCGAGUCAGACAUUAUCGAAAUCCGCGAUGGAAUCUCGUCCGUGUUCUGCCAGAAGCAUACGUUGCAGAUGAACAGCACGUUCAACGCGUUCCAGCUUGAUCACGAGCCGGAAGUGUCGAAGAACAGGAAGCAUAUACGGUUGAAAAAAUCAAUGUCCCUGCCGGAUGAUACGCUCGAGUAUUGGGGGUUCUAUCUGCUAAAGGGGGCCACGGUAGCGUUGAAAGUUUGCUCCCGGUACGAUGGGUCACGCAUCCUGGUGGUGAAGGGUGAACGAAAUCUGCGUACGUGUGGUUUGCUCGAGCACAAUAGCAAUAAAAUCGAUAACUACCUCAACAAGGAGCACGGCCAGGUGCUGGUAACGUUUGAAUCGGCCGCCGAGUUUAUCGAGUAUUCGGGCGAACAGCGAGGAUCUACCAAUUUACCUGCCGAUGGAAAUCAUGGUGGUGAAGACCUGACGGAAGAGCGCCCUUCGCCGGAAGAAUCUGCCUCGAUGCUGCACCGUGUGCACACCUCUAAAGAGCCCCGUACACAACACACCCGUACCACAGACAACGAGCUCGACAGGCGGACAACAGCCACGUACGAUACCUCGGCAAGAAAAGCACAUCACGCCACAACGAAACGCAUUGGUCGCCCGGUGUCCGUUACGAUCAAGAGUGUACCAACACCCGCCAGCACGACCACAACGACCACGACGACGACCACCGAAGUGCCCACCAGUACGACCGAAAAUCUCGUCAAGAAGUAUCGCAACUUCCGCGCAACCGAGGCAGGACCUUUGGCGGAAGCCUCGGUGGAUGAUGGUGGUAGCGUUCAGCAUCGAAGGCGUCACAGUCACAAUAAAACUGGCCACCGGCAACAAUCGGACCCGGUCGCAUCGAAGCACCACACGGAACAGAUUGUACAACCGGACAGUGUGGAUCGAUCGGAGCAGCCAAACGGUAAGCAGGAAAAGCGUCGCCGCCGGAGACGUGACCUGGUAUACGAUCGGGCGAUCCAUCACGGUGGUACGGCAAUGAACUAUUCCAACAACACGUCCGACUCGGUGUCGAGCUUCGAGAACAGUUUGCUGUCCUGCUACGAUGGGGAUAUCCUGCUGGCCCACAGCUUCCCACCGAGCAAAUCGUGUCAGAGCGUCAAGUAUCUCGAGGGUGCGUCGCAUACGGUUACGAAGCAUGAGGUAGUAUCGGAUGGGUAUUAUUAUUACAUUUUCUACAGUGAUAAUGAUUACGUGCAGAACGAUAUCCAUGCGAUGUUUGAUAUCUACAAGCCGACGUUCCAGUACUCAAACAUAUCGGACUCGAAGGCUUGCAUUAAUAGUACGCACUGUUCGUUUCCGAUCACUUUCUGGUCGAAUGAGCGGGUAAUUGUGGAGGUACCGACCCGGGACGGUAUUGAGCACGAGGAGGACGAUAUUACGCUGCUCGUAUCGACGUGCCAUCCGAGGAUGGCCAUCUACAUAAUCUUUCCCGUUAGCGUACUGAUACUCGUGUUGACUUGUGCUUUCCUGUAGGGCCGGA